AUGGAUCAGUAUGUUGUCCAAAAAUCAUCUCCGCCUAAUGCACCGUUAGCCAACGGCAAACUACCCCCCAAGGGCAUACCACUGCCCCAUGCUCGUGUUGGUACUCAAGGGGAGUGGUCGACUGGUCUAUGCGACUGUUCUUCUGAUGUAUCAAAUUGUUGUGUAACAUGUUGGUGCCCGUGCAUAACAUUUGGUCAGAUUGCUGAGAUUACAAGUAGAGGAUCAACUUCUUGUGGAGCGAGUGGAACACUUUACACUCUUCUAGCCUUGGUUACGGGAUGUGCAUGCAUAUACUCUUGCUUUUAUCGUUCUAGGAUGAGAAAGCAAUACAUGCUGAUGAGAAAGCAAUACAUGCUGUCAGAGGAUCCGUGUGCGGAUUGUUUAGUUCAUUUUUGUUGUGAUAGUUGUGCAUUGUGCCAAGAGUAUCGGGAGCUCAAAAACCGUGGAUUUGAUAUGUCUCUUGGAUGGCAUGGAAAUAUGGAGAAACAGAAUCCUGGAAUUACUGUGGCACCAAACUUUCAAGGAGGAAUGAGUAGAUAA